UUAUCGACAUGUUCUAACUAAAUCUAUCAUAAAAAUAAUAAUAAAACAGAAGAAAAAGAGAAGUAAUGAGAUAAUGAACGAAAAUGGGAGAUAUUUUCUAUUACUGUUAAGAGAAUCUAAACAAAAUUGUCUUCUUAUUGGUUUUCUUCUUUUUAUUUUAAAUAUAUAAAAUUAAAAUAUACUUUUAUAUAUAAUAACGAUGCUCUUAAGUCCGUUAUAUUUGCUGUGUGACAUUUAUCAACAGUACGAGAUUUAUCCUACUAUGAAAAACCUUAAAUAAAAAGAAUUAAUCCAGCUUUCGAUAUAUACAUGCAUUCUUUAACAAAGUAUAUAUUUUCACAAAGUGUUAAGAAUUUUAACAUGUACACGUCUAGAGGGCAAGCUUCAACCACCGAUUCAGGCGGCCUAGACGAUGUUCCGGUCGAGGUUACUCUAGGAUAUUGCUGCGCUACCUACUUCUGUACCAUUAUUUUCAUACUCGUUAUCACUCUUAUCUCUGGAGGUAUGGUCCUUUUCGAUCAUCUUGUCCUAGGCAAAUCUGCUUGUUACAUAGAGCUCUUUGCUCACUCCGUCUCCGUCUCAAACGUCACAAACGCAGCAAACGUUUCAACCGCUGAUUGGAGAACCGGUUUGGUUGCGAAGAGUCCAGUCACCAGAUGUAAACUCUCUCUCCAUACAGUCACGUCGCGUCUCCUUCGUGGCGACGAGGUUAUCUCCCAGGUAUCUCCGUCGCUGGAUGAUUUUGGGAGACUUGUUACCACCGAGAAGAAUGAUGAGCCGGUAACAAUUGUCGACUUCAAACAUGCGGUGACGUCGGGAGUUAACGGCAGCGUGGUUUGGGAUUAUCGUGUGGAGAGUGUCGUAGGGUUGAAGGCGGAAUUUGCACAUGGGUUCUUGUCGGUGAUUUGCAGCGGUAUUCCGGUGAAGUUUACUACGGAUGCGGCGGGGAACGUGUUUGGUUCGUUGCUCGGAGGUAUGCGACGAUGUGGAUAUUCACUCCGAGAUAACUUGAAUUCAGUUUAGAUAUUGAGUCUCUCCGCGAUUUUUAAUAUAGUUAUUGGCAUUACGUUAGUUUAUUUUCUUUAUUUGUAUUUUUAGUUUUUUUUUUUUGAUAAAAAAAUUUGUAUUUUUAGUUUCUAAUUAAAAACGUUUUUAAUUAAAUAAAAUGGGAUUUAUACCUGAAAUCAUGUCAAGCUUUCAAAGUCCCAGUGUCUCUUUUGCUUACUCAUACCUAGGACUGGGCACAAAUACUUGUUACUUACCUUAUAUCCGCUACUUGACCCGUACUCGCUUCGUUUUUGUUUUUUCAAGUACUCGUCGUUGCCAAGUCAAGUAACAAGUUGAAUUUUGCUACUUGCAAUUACAAGGCAAGUAACAAGUAUCACAAAAAAAUUGCGACUUGCCUUGAUAUUACUUGUUACUUGUUUUAUGACUAAAGUUUGUUUUAGGUACAAAUAUUUUAUUUAAAAUAAUUCUCGUGUUUUUACCAAGUCAAGUAAAUAAAACAAACUUUCAUAACUUUCUCUCGUAAAAUAUUAUCUAUCAUGUAAUUUUUAGGAAUUUAGAAAUAUAUCCAAGUAAUUAAUAAAUACUUGUAAGUAAUAAGUAAUCGAAUAAGGCAAGUAAUAUAUUUUUGGAUAAGUACUCGAAAUAACAAAUACUCGUUUCUGACAAAUCAAGUACAAGUUGAAAAAUUCAUUACUCAUUCAAGAUAAGCCAAGUAUUAAGUAUACGUAAAAAAAACAAGUAACCACUCCUACUUAUACCUGAGCUUGUGUGUUUGAAAAUUCGUAGCAGCCAAAUGAGAUUUAAGUGUCUGAAUUCAUAUAACAACUGUUCCCUAUAUAGACUCAGUUGGUUGUCUUGGUGGUUCAAAUUUACAUAAGUAAUACCAUAUGUUCAUCUCUAUCAAUGCCAAAAAUUCCAUGAGUUGCAUUUAAUUGGAUUCUUAAUGAUGGAUUUUUUGGGUCAAGAUUCCAUCAGUGUUCAUCUGUGGUUCUUGGUCAGCCUAUCAUUUUAUUAUUAAAGUUACCAAUUGUGAGAUAAAUUCAAACUAGAGUGUAGAGGCUUUAUGGUUUAGCCUGUUCCAAGGGCUUACCGGUUUGAUUAUGUAAUUACUGGUUCGAUAUUUCUCUAUAACCAAUAAAAGAUGAUUCAUAAACCAAACCAAAACUUAGUACAUAAAUCAAAGAAACCAGCAUUAUGUAAAUACUCCCUUUAAUAAAGAAACAAUAUGUAAAUACUGUAUCAACUGUUGUAUUAUCCUGUUUACAUAUGUGCUACAUGAAUAUUAUUCAGCAAAAUAUAAUAUGCUUGACAGAUAAUCGCUCACGCUUAACGCGUGUAACGGAUGCGACAGUUUGAUAAACUCACGAAUAAAUCCAAUUUAUCCAACAUCAUUUUUUACUGAGAACCACCAUCUGUACCGUCUUUUUCCAGAUAUGCAAAUUAGAUUCGUACUGCACUGAACGCAAUAAAACUGUACCCACAAAUUAGAUUGUAUAACUUUAUUAACUUUCUCGUGGAAGUUUUCUAAUUUCAAUGGUAAUGUUUAUUAAUGAUUUCACACCAAAAAGUAUGGAUUUUGAAUGCUAAAAAUUAAUUUAUCAGUAAUUAUGUAUAUUAAUGAAAUUUGCAAAUUAUAUUUAAUAAUGACGUAGGUAGAAAACCUGAUUUUGGUCCUAACAUAUAUGCAAAACUGUUGAUUGUAAAAUUAUCUAUAUAAUAUUUUUAUACUAUAUAAUAGCAUAAUAAAUCAACAUUAAUUUUCACUUAUCCUGUUCCAUAAUACAAGAUAUUUUUAUAUGAAUGCAUAAGAAUUAAAAAAACUUACUUUUUUAGAAGAUAAUGUCAUUAAUAAUAUAAAAUGAAAAUAA